AUGAGUAACGAAGAUGAAGAAUAUAAAAGAGCUUUAGAGAUACAGCGAAAGAAUUUUGAAGCACAAUUUGGAUCAAUAGAAGAUUUGGGAUAUGAAGAUAAAACCACACAGGAAGAAGAAGAAGAAGAAGAAUUUAAUGGAUUUGAUUCUGAAAAUCUGGAGAAAUCAGAUGAGAUGGACUUAUCUGAAAAUUCACAAGAACUGGACUUCACAAGUGACUCCGAGAUAGAUGACUUUGAAGACGAAGAAGACCUUAUGGAACACAUACAGAAACCCAAAAUUAUUAAAUUAAACUCAUCAACAGAUCAAACACCAAUAAUAAAUACAAAAGAUGAUAAAAAACUACUAAAAUCAGGACGAGCAGCAACAAUCUCCGAGAUCAACAAACACAAUGAUUUAGUUUCAAAGCAAACUGCAAAACAAUUACAAAAAUCCCAAAAAGAAGAUUCAGAAAAUUUAGAAAAUGAUUUAAAAUUACAAAGAUUAUUAAAAGAAUCUCACAUUUUAGCAAACAAUAACCAAUACAGUGGAGUUGAUUUAACUUUGAAAACUAUAAAUUAUGAUGAUCCCACAGGUAAGAGUAGAAAACGAAUAUUAAGUUCAAGAAUAGAAGAAUUAUCAGGUACAAACAGAGUUAAAAAUAAGAAAUUAGAAUCAAUGCCAAUGAAAAUGAGACAAAAUAUGAUAACCAAAAGAGAUUCACGUAUUGCAAAAUAUGAAAAAGAUGCAAGAGAUGCAGGUAUUGUUUUAUCAAAAUUGAAAAAGGGAGAAGUUAGAGAUUUAAAUGCUGGAAAAGGUUCAACAUCAUCUUCAGAUAGAUUAGGUAAUGGUUUAAAAAAGAAUAAAGUUGUUAAAAGAGAUAGAGGUUUGAAAAUUAAUGGAAUUGGGAAAUCUACAAGAAAUGGAUUAGUAAUAUCACAAUCGGAGAUAGAUAAAAUAAAUAAUCAAGGAAAAUCAAAAUUCAAAAAAAGAAAAAGAUAG